AUGAGGAUGGUGCCAACCGUGUGGGCUGCAAUGACAUAUAAAUGCACAGGCAACAUGGACAAAGCACUAGAUGUGACCGCGACGCAGCAGGCCACUCUGAGCUGUGAGAACGCAGAUGGAGAGGUGACCUGGACGCUGAACGGUGAGGUCCUGAAGGACAGGGCCUUUGGGGGCCUGGUGCGUGUGGACGGCCCCUCGGUGACGGUGGAGGAGGUGGAUGAUCCGGUCCUGGGGGAGUAUGCCUGUUGGAGAGCCGGGAAGAAGAUUUCCUCCACGUAUUUACUGCAGGAAGUGGAGGAGGCGGACGACCUGGAAUCCCUGAAGUGUCACGCCAAGUCUUAUGACUGUGUGUUCACCUGCAUCUGGAGGAACAGUGGAUACAGCGUGGCUCGUCUUCUCCUGGACCCAAACUGUGAGAGUGAGUCAUGCCCGUGGGUGACCAGCAGGGGGCAUAGUACGUUCCACUUUGAGAUGUCCCACUCCCUGUCUCCGUACGCUGAGGAGGUCUCCAUGCAGGAGCUCAGAGUGGAGGCCCUCAAACACUUCUACAUCCUCAAGACGACCAAGCAAUUUUUCCUCCGAGACAUCAUCAGACCAGACAGCCCCCGUGUGCUGGGACAUGCAGAGGUCGGACCACAGCUGAGAGUGACUGUGGCCCCUCCUGAGACCUGGUCCAGUCCCCAGAGCUUCUUCAGCCUGGAGAAUGAAAUAGAAUACGUCCUGAAGGAUAACGGAGAGAGACAACAAACGUCUUGUUUGCUGAUUCCGAGAAAGAUCAGCAAGUUCCGAGCGCGCUGCAGAGACGCCUUCGUGCCCUCGGCCUGGAGCCAGUGGAGCCAAUGGAACAAUGUAAAAGGAAAAAAGAAAAAGUGCCAAAACACCAGGUGCGGGAACAAAAAAAAUAACAGAUCUAAAAAGCCUUUAUAA